CAUCUGUAAUAUAAGACUUCCAAGUUUGGAAACGCAACUCUGGCAAACCCAAAACACGUUACUAUAGCUAUCAUAGGUACCCUUUUCCCUCUACUUCAAACCAUUCUAAAUAUUAACUCCCACUCUCUUCAUUGCGCUUCUUCCAUUCUCUCUCUCUCUCAUCAACAUCAUCUUCUUCAUCACCAUGCAAAUGCAAGAGGAACACAUGCAAAUCAUCAAGGGCAAGCGCACAAAGCGUCAGAGGCUUCCGUCCCCACUUAGGUUAACCAUGUCAACAUGUUCCACCGCAGACAACUCCGCAGCUUUUGAGCCUCCGACAACCUCAGAUGAAUUAAGGAACGAAGAGGAUGAAGACUUGGCCAAUUGUUUGAUUCUCUUGGCUCGAGGCCAUAGCACUCCAAAACCCUCACACGGCAAAGAAUCCGGGCUAUAUGUUUACGAGUGCAAGACUUGUAACCGAUGCUUCCCUUCGUUUCAAGCCCUCGGUGGCCACAGAGCCAGCCACAAGAGAUUUUCCAAGGCUGGUGCAGAAGAAAAGCAAGUUACUACUUUUGGGGAUAAUAUUAGUAAAAUUAAUCGUGAUGAUUAUUGUCUCACCUUACAAUUAUCAACGGUUUUGUAUAAUAGUAGCAACAGCACUAGGAGUAGCACCGUUAAUUCUAAAUCUAAGGUUCACGAGUGUUCCAUAUGUGGGGCAGAGUUCUCGUCUGGGCAAGCCUUGGGAGGGCACAUGAGAAGGCACAGAAAUUUUCUGAGUUCACCUUCGAUUGGGGCAAUUGCAUAUGCUGGUGAUAGAAUCCCCGAAAUUCCAGAAAUCAAGAAACAGAAAGAUGUUUUGAACUUGGACUUGAAUCUUCCGGCACCUGAGGAUGAUCACCACAGAGAAUCCAACUUGCUUCCUUUUCAGUCCAAAGAAAAAGUCAUUGUAUUCUCUGCAACUUCUUUGGUGGAUUGCCAUUACUAAAAGCUCAACUCUUUCUUCACUGUUAACCUUCAUUAUUGCUUUUUCUUCUUCUUACGUUUAGCCAUGUA